AUACACCGAGUCUGUGUUGAUAUCGACAACAGAGAAAAAUCAAAGGUUCCAACAAUGUGUCGAGAUGAAUUUCGCUUGAGAAAUUUCAAACUAUGGCAUCCUAUUUUGCAAGAUUUCACACAUUCGCGGGUGAGUCAUUAACCGUUACAUCGGAACACUUAAAAUUUAAGUGUUUCUUCGAAGAUGACAAUCACUAAUUUGUAACCUAACCAAAUAACAUUAAUACGCGAAGCUGAAUUUAAUUCUUGACAAUGCACACUCGUGAAACUGGAUCUUUUCGCUUUUACGGCUCGGGAAUCUAUUUACACCGCUAAAUAAUGCACAGCUAUCUGAUCCCUUCGUGGCCGAAAUUAUGCAAUAUACGGUCAAAAGGUGUUGCAACACCAAGCUAGUUCUUCAAAACCUUAUGUUUUAAUGUGCGAAAUCGUAGUGACAAAGCACAGGAUAUAAAUCAUGAUUUUCCUGGUCAAUUACUUGAAUUUGUUCUGAGCUAAUUUUUAGUUUAUAUCUUAAAUUAAACCUGACAAAGGAACUCGAUAAAAAUCUGAAGGAAAAAAAAGAAUUUGCCACAAAGAACCCGCCUUUAGUGAUGAUUUCUUGUUAGAGCCCAGUUUCGUAACUGUCAGUAAACAUUGUUUUCCUUGCUCCUAUUAUACCGGGUACGGACUAAGCCAUGUAGUAAUUUUAGGUGGGGGACUUAAUCCAUUUCACCUUUUGCCUGUUUUUUGCUGCACUAAGCUAAGGUAUUUUUUGUAGUAAAGGCACAUUUUUAGUUACCGAAAAAAUGGUACAUCCUGUUAUAAAUAUCAAAACACAAAUAUUUUUGCAUGGAUCUGAACAGGUAUCAUAUGAAAUCACUUGCAAAAUAAACUUAUAAAAGGGAUUCUAAGAAAGUCUGUGAGUAUUGCUCAAGAAAGUUUGGUUUCGAAAUAAGUAUUAGACAACAGCUUACUGCAACUUAAAACCUUCAGAUGAAAAACAAGAAACCCCAUCUGAAACCCUUUCACCAAAAAUAUAUUAGUUUAUAUUUUCAUGCACCAUCUGCUCCGAUCUGCCUUUUGUGUUGUCCGCGGUAGGUGGUUGAGUUAAGCGUUUGUUGCAAAUGGAAAAUUUAAACUAGUUGCAAAAUUGCGAGCCCUGUUCUUCUUUAAUUAAGUAUAUUGUUGAUCCGGGUGAAAGGCUCCAAGCUAUUUGAUCGGGCCUCACUCAAGAACAUUUUAUGAUUAAAACAAAGCUCCGAAUGUUGAGGACUUUUCUAUAAUUUCUUAUACCUUGAAAAAUGAAUCCGCCGGAUAAACAAUUCUCGUUAGGCUGAUAAAAGACUGAACUGUGUGCGUUUAGACACCAAGUAUACUUGCUGAAGUGCAGAGAGUUUAUAGUAACCGGGCGGAUACUAAUUAACGUAACAGGGAUUCACAAAACGAGUGCAUUAAAGUUAAGGAAGAAAUUCGAAGCAGGAGGGUGAAUUUUGUGAAAAUAAAACAAUUGCGCCUCUCAAAAUUACCGUCUAACUGUUACACGUUUGAACUUUCUUUCUCUAGUGUCUAUCUAUCGUGUUGAUAUUGUAGUGCAGAACUCUUUCCGUCCUUCCACAACUUAGUCGAUUUCAUUUACUGAUUUAUUGGGUGAGCAAAUGAUUGAUCGAUUAAUUUACAUGUGUGAAUUUCUUUUUUUUCUCUCUCUCCUUUAGUGGCUUUCUCUCCCUCUGUUCUUGGGCUACCGCCUAAUAGUUACAGGCUACAAUCUCGCUUGGCUCAUCUACAACAUUUGGCUUUACAGAGCCAAGUUGUUCAUUUUUCUGACCAAUUGGACAUUCACGAUCUUAAAUUUGUAUUUCCUGCUUGCAACGGGCUUGACCUCUAGUGCGUUCUACUGCAAAUACAGGAGGUCACGACGGGAAACCAGUCCCAGCUCUCCCGUUAAGGAAGGAACAAACACCGAGAUCGAGAUGGAAUCUGGUAACGACAAGCUCAAUGAUGGAAACACCCCAAGUGACGAGGCCCGCGAAGAAGAUGCUCUGCGGUUUCAGCACAAAUUCCUGUGGUUGCUUUACAUCAUCAGCGCCAAUGGUGGUUUGUUGGUUACAGCGGGGUAUUGGACAGUGUUGUUCGAAGAAGACGAGCCAGUUGAUGCCAACAAUGUUACCAAGCAUGCACUAAACUCAGUGUUUAUGUUGAUUGACACAUUCCUGAGCUCGAUCCCAGUACGCCUCUUCCAUUUCAUUUAUCCGCUGCUAUAUAUCAUCAUAUACUUAGGUUUUACUGUGGUUUACUGGGUUCUUGGCGGUACAAACAUCCAGGGUGAGAGCUAUAUCUACAAACUACUGGAUUAUGACAACUAUGAUCCUUCCACUGGCUGCCUGGUCGGCUUCGUCCUCCUCGUGGUUCAACCUGUUUUACAAAUCCUGUUGUUUGGCUUUGUGAAGUUGAGAGAUUACAUUUACAAGAAGCAAAACGACUUCGUUUAA